CUGGGCCGUCUUCCUCUCCCAAUCGCCUCCCGUCCAUUUCCAUCUCUCUUCUCAUCCGCACUAUCAUGUCCUCCAAGCGCGGCCGGAAACGCAACGAUAACCUCCCGCCGAAUCGUGCACGCGAUGUCCAGCGCGCCUUUCGCGCCCGCCGUGCCGCGCACCUUCAGGCGAUGGAAGAGCGCGUCGCAGAGCUCGAAGAAGAGAAUGACCGAUUACGCGCCGCGCUCAACCUGCCGCCCGCCAACCGCCCGCCGCUGGGCAAAGGCCCGACGGGCAAAGACAAGCCCAAGUCGUACGUGUCCUCGCCGAUAGACGCAUCGGGGAGCGGCAGCAGCAGCCAGACGAUGACCGGCUGCGAGCGCCCCGGGCCCAGUCGCGCCACCUCCUCUGCGGAGGACUCUGCGCCGCCGACGCGCGGCAACUCGCUCUCGCCCUCCGCGCCGCCGCCUGCGCUGCGCACGUCCCCGUCGUCCUGGGACGCGAUGGUCGCCGCGAGCAGCGCCGAAAACGGGACCGAAUCGCACGCCUCCCCGGCCUCGACCGCGUUCUCGCACCCCUCCCCAGCGACAUCCUCCUUCGCGCACAUCCCCCCGCCCAUGUCGCCCGCCUCCUUCGCGCACGGCAGCGCCGGACCCUCGACGGCGUCCAGCCAACCCUAUACUCCCACCGGGCAAUAUUCUCUCCCGCCUAUCGGCGGCUCGUCUUUACCGCCAUCCAGCCAGGCGGGAUAUUCUUACUCGGCGCCAGCGCCAUCGUCCUCACGACAGGCGCACGCUGGGAACGCCUACCUACUCUCCUCAAAUCAGCACGUACCGCCAGCCGCAGCAGACCGGCAGAUCGCCCAAGCGAGCUACGGCAGUUCGACCUCCUCCUACAUGCUCCGCGACGUCCGGGACGACGGCUACAACCCCUAUUCCUACGCCUCCCCCGGGGGACCGCCGCCCCACGAACUCAAACCGCUCCCGCCGUCCGCCUCGGACACGCCCUCCUCCUCCUCCUCGCUGCACAACGCGGGCGUGCACCACCACCACCACCCGCAGCACGCGCAUCACCGCGCACCGCGCGAUCCGCCGCCGUCAGGGGCGAUGCCUUACGCGCCGCGCCGCUCGAUCACGGAGCCCUCCGGCUUUCGCUCGCUCGGGACGCACUUCCCGCACCUCCCCCACCCGCAGGCGCAGCUCGUCUCGCACGGCGCCGGCGUCCGGUUACCGACGCCUCCGCGCCCGCCCGAGAGUUGAUCGCGCGACGCGCGCGUACACGCACACACGGGGGGCUCGAGAAGUCGAGGGCACGGCUGCCGGCCACUCUGAGGGGCAUGUGACCCGUCAGAGGCUGACGUACUCUCUUUACUUUGGGAGCUUUUUUUUUGGGUUGGGGCAGAGCUGUUUGUUGAUGGUGAUCCGCCUCCGGCGUGCCCCUCCCCUCCUUCGUCACACGUCUGGACGUUCUUGACUUUUUUUCUUCGAUCUUCCCUUCGUUCUCGGUCUCACCCCCCAUGUGUUCUCUCCUCUUGCGCUGUAUCCCUACUGCUCGAUGAAAUCCGACCGCAAUGGCUCCCACUCGCAUCGCAUCGACUAUCUUAUCACGCGGACGGUGCUCCCCUGCGCCCCGUCGUCGUCUUUUAUUAUUGUAGUUACUCGCACGCCGCACGCUCGAGAUGAACCGUGCCUAUCUAUGUAGCUGUUUUAAAGCACCGGCGUAAUUG